UCACCAACAUCACAACACCCCAUACACUCGACAAUGCUCGCUUUUGCCUUCCUCGCUCUGCUUAUUGCUCUCCUCCCUUCUUUCCCUCUUACGGCGGCUCUUCCCAUCCCCCAACUCGCUGACAUCGUAGGAAUAGGCGGUGAGGUACCGUCUAGGCUCAUCGGCUCAACCGUAGAGGGCGUUCUCGAUGACUCCCUCUCCCCCUCGCUCAAGCAGACAACACGCUCCGAGAUCGUUGCUCGCCUCCUUGCCGAAGCAGAAGGAGGCACCACACCCCAAGCUUCAGCCGCCGCCCGAGCUCUCACCCCGCGCGCGUCUCCCAACGUCCAGGUCACGGCUAACGCCAAACGUUCCACCCCUGAGUUAGUGCUCAACACCCCUGCUGUGGAGUGUGAGAAAGCACUGUCAGUGAUCGACUUCGAGGUCGUUUGCGCGCCAGUGACGGUGCUCGAUCCUGUGAGUGCGGCUGCCUUCCUCCAGAAGGGCGGUCUCGUCGAAUAUAAAGACGGUACACGCUAUACCGACCCACUUUAUUCUGCCUCUUCAGGCGAGGAGGGCUCCCCCCUUCGAACGAUGAUCACUGCCUAUGCCCAGUUGCGACCCAAAGGCAUCGAGAGGCGCGCUUGGCCGUUCUUCACUCGGUGGGCGAUGCAGCGCGAGAGGGAGGGAAGCAUGCUUUUGGCUUUGUCCCCCAACACGGCGAUUCGGAUUGCAGAUUUGAAGGAGAUCGGGAUUCAUUUGCUCAAUCAGGACCAGUUCGAUCAUGUGAAGGUUGCUGGUGUCACGUUCGACUGGAGGACGAUGCAAGCGAUCGUUGACAACAUCACUUUCUAGACGAAAGGACAGGAUGCGCUCAGUAGAGAUGCAUCACGAGCAGGACAUCAAUACAGGACACUUCGCAGCUACAGCCCUCGGUGGGCACCACAGUCAUUACGGAUCACACCCACACUCGUUUCAUUCGGGAUUCUUAUUCUGUGUUGUAGAAACAGACUUGUACAAAUACAUACAGCUUCUGGAGGACACUCGAUGGGAAGGGGAUAGGAGGAAGAGAGCGGUGUAAAACAUGUGUACACAAGAACAAUUUAACACUUGUUA